CUCUCUCUCUCUCUCUCUCUCUCUCUCUCUUUCUAUGUGCGUGUCAGCGUGUGUGUAUAAAACUGAAUCACUUCCUUUCCUAUUUCUGUACAUGCGCCUUGCUUCUGAGAAGCUCGCUUGAAAUCGAAAUCCCACAUUCAAUUGCUCUCUCUUUCUGUGCUUUCUUAGAUGGAAGGCAUGCACAGGUGCUCUUCUACUGCUACUACUACGACUACGUCUGAGUCUUCCUCUUCAGACUCUUCUUUGUCCAGUAAGACACCAAGGGAUUGUAAUAAACCAGAGAGAAUCAAAGGUCCAUGGAGCGCCGAAGAAGACCAGAUUUUGAAGCGUCUUGUCGAACGAUAUGGCCCCAGAAACUGGUCCCUGAUAAGCCGUUACAUAAAGGGUCGGUCGGGCAAGUCGUGCAGGCUCAGGUGGUGUAAUCAGCUGAGCCCCAGCGUGGAGCGCCGGCCCUUCUCGCCGGCCGAGGAUGAGACCAUCUUGGCUGCCCAUGCGCGGUUCGGGAACAGGUGGGCCACCAUAGCCCGGUUGCUCCCGGGCCGGACCGACAAUGCGGUGAAGAAUCACUGGAACUCCACGCUGAAGAGGAGGAUCGGAGAACAGCCAGUGGACGGUGGUGGUGGUGGUGGCGGCGAUGGGGGCGCCUCGGGAUCUGUGCAGUGCAUGGGACUUGAGGAGGAUGACCCAUUGACUGCGUUGACCCUUGCGCCGCCGGGUAUCGGUGGUGGUGGUGAAGGUGCGGUGGCGGAGCCGAGGCCGGAGCAUUUGCCUUCGGGGUUUUGGGAUUUCAUGAAGGACGUCAUUGCGAGGGAGGUGAGAGAUUAUGUGACCUCCACCUCGUACGAAAAUUCGGGUUUUCAUUAAUGAUGUCUUUUGAUCGUGUAUCGGUUGGUCUCAGUUGGGCUUGGAUUAGUUUGGUGUUAAAUUGUUAAUAUAAUUUUAAUUCGCAAAUGGAAAAUGUACCAUUUCCAUUGCCUAGGCUCCGAUUUAAGCAUUUUAAGGAAUUUUCUCUGACAGCUAUGGUGAACUGAAGCCGAAGGAGACAACUGCAGUGCUUUGUCAUUGAUCAAAGGAACGAAAAAACAAGCAUGACAUCUCAGUUGCUUUGCCACCAAGAAACCGUUCUAAACGUGUCAAUAAUUCAUUGCCAUAUGAAUGGAAUCCGUAUUAUUUGUGCACA